GUCCCAUCCAUGCACAGUCUUCCUGUUCUCAGCCAGUGUUCACUUGUCAUCAUGUUGGCUCACUUGUGCUUGGGUCUGCUGGCUCUCUGCUCUCUGACUACUGCGUCAGAUCCCACCUGUGAGGAGCUCACAACUCCUUUGGAGGAUCGCAGCCUGCUAUCUGGAAAAUUUAUUUUUACUCUUGGAACAUCAGACUGUGACCAUUCCAUUGAGAACUUAAAAAAAAUUCACAGCUCCUGGGUUGAAUUCUCACCGGGUUCCAACAGUGACACAUACCACAAUGUUUGGAAACACAAAGGAAUAGCUGGAGAAUGCACUUCUGAAAAUUUGACUUCAACCUUUACAAGCGCUACAGCAGUUGUGUCCUCGUUUGAUGCCCCUGAUGAAGAGCAUUCUGAGCAAUUCCUGAAGACGUGUCCUGACUGCCUCUUUGUCGUCGACGAAAUGGCCGUGAAGACUUCUGAAGGGGAAACCAGAAAAAGCAAAUACCUCUACUUCUUAACAAAGACCGGAACACUUGAUCCCGCCCACCUGGAGGUUGUCAAGAAGCAGAUCGCAUGCCUCAAUUUGACUAAAGGUUUAUACUAUCCAGCAAGCACCACAGAUCUGUGUCCAUAAAAGGGUCACCAACACAACAAAGCAUCCAGGCGACGAAGACAGACAAUCACUCUCACAUCACGUUUAUCCUUAGACCCCCUGCAUUAAAUGCGUUAACCACAGAUGUGUGUGUUGUAUGCAAACUACACUCUGUUAUGACCAGUUCUAUAUGAUCUGUUCUGUGUAUCUUUGUUGCAACUCAUUAAAAAGACAAAACUC